AUGGCCCCGAUUAGAACGGGCAGAACAAGGGGUGCGGCCUCAUACGAGCCGACCGGUGUUUUCGCGCCUCUCCCGCCACCCCGCGCUGUAGGGGAGCCGCUUUCCGCGCAACGAGCGGCGUCCGAGCCUCUGCCAGAGACGGAAUCCCCUUUUCAGCCGCUGAUGUGCCCGCGAGCUAUCGCGCUGCCGCUCACGCCUCCUCGCGCUGCCGCCGAGCCGCUGCAGUCCGCGCACACGAUGUUCCAACCCCUCAAGACCCCAAGGACCAUAUUUGAGCCGUUGAAGUCGCCGCCGACAAUCUUCAAGCCACUGACGCCGCCUCGAGUCAGAUUCCAGCCACUAAGUUCGCCGCGCGGAUUGGAAGGGCCUGGGAAUCCGCCCCACGUGCUUCUCUCGCCUUUGUCUUUGCCUGCCGCGACCCCCACUCCGCCUUUCUCGCCCCUUCGCUCUCUUCGCUCGCUUGCAGAUGCCCUCCCGCCGAUGGAUGGGAUUGCCCCGCUUCUCCCUGCGCGGGAGCCAAUUGCCCAGCCCCUCCCACCGCCUGCCAUUCCGCGGUCGCCUCCGCCUUCGCCUGACGCCUUCGCAUCGCAUGGCCCGAACCCCCUCGGCGUCGAUGAGGUGCCCCCUUGGGCCCGUGAUGCGUUCGACAACGCGCCAGUCGAACAUGGCAGUUCCCGACGUCGGUCUCUUAGACCGCGCAAGCACAGAUACUUUGUGAGGUACCUGGAUGAUGGCGGGAUUUUGGAGGCGUUCGCCCUCGGCGACCCAAGUACAGGGCCGUACUAUUGCCGGUCUGACUCCUUCACCGACGGUCCGGCCCCGUUGAAUCAGGGGCCGAUCCUCAGGGUCCGCGGCAAGCUGUUUUGGGACGUCGAGGCCGUCGUGGGUCACCGGGCCGUCAGACGUGGCAAGAGACCGGCAUACGAGAUCCUCAUCAAGUGGGCGGGCUGGACUGAGCCGACCUGGGUGCCGGAGUCCCAUGUCGCCGGCCUCCCUCUCUAUCAGGAGUAUUGGCGGAGGACGGGCCCCUAUUAG